AUGGAAGCCCUAGCCGACCAGAUAAAGUCAAUGGCGAAAGAUGUUGGUGAGGCAGAGAAGUCUCACAUCCUCGACACACUCGCGCGUCUCCAACGAGAACUUGACUCGCCAAUGGAUGUCCUGAUGAAGAUAUUCAACGCACAAAUUUCGCUCUCGAUGAUUUAUGUUGCGGUAGACCUUGGUGUCUUCCGGGAGGUGGCCAAUUAUGCUUCGUCCUCUGUCAGUGGAGUUCAGUUGGCCACGAAGGUUAAAGCAUCCCCAGAUCUAGUUGAACGUCUACUUCGAUACCUAGCAUCCACAGGCUUCCUCGACAACCCGGGCUCAGGCCAGUAUCAACCCAACAGAAUCACCCAUUUCCUUGCCAGCCCCCUUGCCGAUGCCGGUGUAGUCCACGCCCUCGACACAUGUGGUCCAGCCAUUCAAGCACUCCCAUCAUUCCUGGCCGAAACUCAGUACCAGGAUAUCAGCGAGAACCUGAACACGCCCUUCCAGAAAGGUCACAAGACCAGCCUUGGAGCGUUUGAAUGGCUGUCUCAGAAGCCAAAGAACUUCCUUGCCCUCCAGGAGAUCAUGACCGCCAUGCAAUCCGCCGCCUGGCUCGACGGCCUCGACGUGCUUGGACAAGCUGCCUUGAACGUCGCUCCUGGGUCCGAGAGACCCUUCUUUGUCGAUGUUGGGGGCGGCCAUGGCCACCAGUGCAAGCAAUUGCUCGACAAACAUCCCAAUCUCCACGGAUCCCUUGUCUUGGAGGAUCUGCCUCAGGUGGCUGAUAAGUUGUCGCCAAUCGAUGGAGUCAAGAUAAUUGGACAAGAUUUCUUCGAGACACAGGCUGUUCGAGGUGCUGCCUUCUAUUAUCUUCGCCGGAUCAUGCACGACUGGCCUGAUGCCGAGUGUCGUACAAUCCUAUCCCGGCUCUCUGAGGCGAUGGCGAGCGAUUCGCUCAUUUUGAUUGACGAGAUUGUCCUUCCCGAAGCGAACGUCCCCUGGCAGGCUGCCAUGCAGGAUGUCUCCAUGAAUAUUCUCUUCGCCGGCAAGGAGAGGACACGCGAUCAAUGGGAGCGGUUGAUCGCCAGUUCCGGACUGACCCAGAAGGACAUUCGAACAUACAAUAUCUCUGCGUGCAGUUCCGUGAUUGUCCUGGGAAAAUGA